AUGGCAAUAGAGUCUCAACCCGAUCCCAACCCCAUUUCCUACAGCAUCUCGCAGCACUAUCACCAUUCCACCCACAUAGUCUCCUGCCCGAACCCUCAACCUCAGGCCAUCGCAGAUCCGACUCCAAUAGAAAUCCUACAGCAGCAUGGUCUUGAUCCUAGCACCAUGUCACCCCGCCAACUAGAUCUAUUCAAAAAUGCAGACGUUGAGCAAAGACAUCGCUUAAUUCAAACAUGGCAGCUCUACGCCAGAUCUGCCGAAGGCUCGAUGGAUCCGACCUCAAUUUCCCCUGAAGACAUCCAAAUGCAUGACUCCAAGACACAAGCAGAGCCUUAUAUGAUGUCUGGUUACCAGAUGCAUUCAGAGCCCACUGAGUCCACCGCAGGACAGUCGUAUAAAUCGGCAACAGACCCGGCUUACAAAACUCAGCACUGGUGGGAAAUGGCUCCGCAGACAGAGCCUAUGGAGUCACAAUACGGGGCAUUUCAAGAGAGGAGCCGAUAUGAUACAGGAAGUGAAUUCGUCCAGUCAUCCUUGUUUCAUUAA